UUGAGGUUUGGAUCAUCUAUAUGUCCGUGACUACUAAGUAUACGUGCAUGCAUUGGUAUCAUAUAAUAAUAUGACAUUUAGACUUAAUACAUGUAGAUAUUAUAGGGGGUGAAAGUUCUUACUGAGAGAUUUUGAGCCUAACCAAAAUCAUUGUUUACAACUUUACAUCCUCUUACUAGGUUCUGACUUUCGGUUUAACUAGUUCUUUUUGCGGAAAGCGGUAAGUGUGGAUUGGCAAAGACCUCUGGUUUAGAGCUUUUGCUUGUUGUGUCUGUUUCGGCUUAGGCUAGAUUGAAUCGUUGGUUAACUUUAUUUUUUUUUCGUUCGCUUCUUGUUUCCAUUGUAAUUCUGUCAAAAUUUUGAAAAUUUGGUAAUAAUAUCUUUAUAUUUUUACCCAAAAAAAAUCUUUACAUCCUCUUUGGAAUAUUAGAAUGAAGGGUUUAUUUAUUUAUAAGAAUUUCAUGUUUGUACUAUUGAACAGUAUUUGUAUGAAAUUUACAAAACAAAUUGUCUUAUGGAAUUUCAAGUAUAUAAGUCAGCUCGUAGAGUUUGUGAGAGUUUUUGUUUAAGGACUAGAGGCUAGAUUCAUGUAGGUUUUUUGUUUUAAUAUGUGCGUAGGAUUAUUUUCUAUGUCUAUAUGCAAUGAUUUAUAUAUAUAUAUACCAAAACGAGCGCCCCAUUAUACAUACUAGAGUUUCUAGAGGGUCUUUGGCCAGCAAUGAGAAAAAUAUAUCAAACGAUUUGAUGACGAUAUAUGUUUAUAAGAGUCACAGCAUAGAGGUUGGAGGAUGACAUAUGAUUUUAUGAGCUGGGAUUAUUAAGAUGGGUAUUACACUUCCAAUAGUAAUAAAAUAAAUUCUCAUGAAAAUAGUUUUAGGCUAAAACUAAAUGCAUCUAAGAUGAUCCAUUGAAAAUAGACUCUACUGUUAGGCUAAAUUGAAGAAAAAAACUCAAAAAAUAUAUUAUGUUUUGUUUCUGAAAAAAAAACAUGUAAGGUUUCAUGUUCAAAUGAAGAAAUCAAAUGUAACAAGCAAACUAAAUUCAUUAUAAUAUAUCAACUUCCUGUUGACAUUUUACGUAUUUAAAUAAUAUAAAUCCACGUUGAUUGUUUCAGAAGUAUUAUAUUGUUAAUCAACUAUUUAAUUACAAAAUAUUGAAGUUAUUUAUUUUUAAAAAUAUAUAAUUGUUCCUCGACGCGGGAGUUCCACCAAGAACUUCAAAGUUUAAGUCAACCAAAGAAAAAAACCAAUCUCGUUGCCGGCGAUGGGCUGCAUUUGCUUCAAGCCUUUUCGCCGCUCGCCUUCUCCGUCGAUUAAAUCCUCAAUCAUCAAACAAAUAAAUAACAACGAAGAUGAGGACGGAAGCUCAUGUCCGAGUUUCCGAGAGUUUAGUUUGGAACAGCUGAAGGUCGCUACCAACGGAUUCUCCGCCAACAACAUCGUGUCGGAACACAACGAGAAGGUUCCUAACAUCGUCUACAAAGGGAGCUUCAACGACGGUCGAAUGAUCGCUGUUAAGCGGUUUCAGAGGCUUUCAUGGCCUAAUCCUUCCGAAUUCAUCGAAGAAGCACAAGCAGUGGGGAGGUGUAGGAGUGAGGAUAUGGCUAAUUUGAUCGGCUGUUGUUCAGAAGGUCACGAGAGGCUUCUUGUUGCUGAGUACAUGCCUAAUGGAACACUAGCAAAGCAUCUCUUCCACUGGGAGAAACGACCAAUGAAAUGGGAGAUGAGGUUGAGAGUUGCGUUGCAUACUGCGACAGCCUUGGAGUAUUGUAAUGAUAGGGGAAUAGAUUUGUACCAUGACCUUAACACCUACAGAAUAUUGUUUGAUAAGGUUGGGAAUCCAAGGCUGUCUUGCUUCGGUCUCAUGAAGUGUAGCAGAGAGGGAAAGAGUUACAGCACCAAUUUAGCAUUUGCUCCUCCUGAAUAUUUGCGUCUAGGUACUGUGGUACCAGAGAGUGUCAUAUUCAGCUUUGGUACCUUGUUACUGGAUCUUAUGAGUGGCAGACAUAUUCCACCAAACCAUGCACUUGAUCUGUUCCGUGGCAAAAACUAUUUGGUGCUAAUGGAUUCAGCUCUGGAUGGUCAGUUCUCUGAUGAGGAUAGGACAGAACUAAUCCACCUAGCUUCACGCUGUCUGCGUCCUGAACCAGACAAGAGGCCAAACAUAAAGUUUCUUUUGUCGGCUCUUUCAAGACUUGAGAAACGAGCCGAGUCGUGGCCAAAUGUCAAAGGAGAAAACAUCCCUGCUCCAUUAUACACUAAACCUUCAACAAAGAAGUCUCUGCGCUUGAGCCCUCUCGCAGAAGCAUGCUGGAGAGUGGAUCUAUGUAGCAUACAUGAACUUCUAGAAAAACUUGGAUAUGGAGAGGAUGAUGUUGCUGUCACAAAUGAGUUCUCAUUCCAAAUGUGGACGGGUCGAAUGCAAGAGAAUAUUGAUUACAAGAAGCAUGGAGAUGCUGCAUUUCGUGCUAAGGAUUAUGAAACCGCAAUAGAAUUCUACACAGAGUUCAUGAGUGGAGCACCAGUGGUAUCACCAACAGUACUAACAAGACGGUGUCUAUGUUACCUAAUGAACGAUAUGUUCAGCGAGGCUCUAAGCGAUGCGAUGCAAGCUCAGGUUGCAUCUCCAGAGUGUUCAACCGCUCUCUACUUACAAGCGGCUUGUCUCUUAAAGCUUGAGAUGGAAGCUGAAGCUAAAGAAGCACUUAGACAUGGCUCUUCUCUUGAAGCAUUUUAGAGUUCAACCAACAACAACAAAACUAAGAUUUGUACAGCUUUUUUCUCUCUGUACGUAUAUGUAUACGUAUUUAGAAAAUGUCAAUACACACAUAGCAUAUAUACUUGUUUGAAUGUUUGGCUGUGUUUGCUAAAACCAGAUUUUUUUUUUGCCUGUUUUGUCUUUGAUAUUAACUGGAUUGUGUUUCUCCUUUUCUUACAUGUUCACACUAAUUAGUAGUGUCUUGAUAAUAAGAAUCAU